AUGGCGACGACAUCCUCCAACCUCCUCGUGACAACCCCGCGCCCGACCGCCGCGCCCAACACGCGCAUCCACACCGGCCGCGGCGGCGCCGGAAACACCUUCCGCGCCGCGCCCUCGAAAACGUCCUCCUCCUCCCCCGUUUCCGGCUCCGCCGCUGCCUCUGCCUCUGCCCCGGCAGCUGCUUCGUCAGCGGGACCGUCGACGGCCCGGACGGCAGGCCCCUCGAGCUCGACGCGGCGGUUCUACUCGGGCAUCGGCGGCGCAGGCAACGUGCACGCGGCGGGGGAGAGGCCGGCCGUCAGCUUCGAGGAGGAGAUUGCCAGGGCGCGGGCGCGCGAAAAGUCGGGCGUCGGACGCGUGGGCAUCGGAGGUGCUGGCAACAUUUUCCGUCGGAAGAAGAAGGAGGAGGAGCAGCAGCAGGGCCACGGGGACCAAGCGUCGCGCAUCGAAGGGGAGCGGAAGGGAAGUCUCUGGUCUCUGGGAAGCUGGGAGAGCGUCAUCAAAGAGCAAAAGGCGUGA